AUGGGCAAAAUUACCACUUCCUCUGCAAUCAUCCACUUGGCAAGCUUCUGCACCAGCAGUUGGGGCGAAUACCGAGCUGUCAAGGUCGUCCUUCCUGCGGGUUUGCGUGACGCAGGCCAUCGCCAGUUCCUCACCAAUAUCGCAGUGAUGGCCACGAUCGUGACCAACGCACUGACCUUGCUAUCGUAUUUCCGCAGAGAAAAUCGGUUUCUAGUGCGUGUUAGUCGUCAGUUUGCACUCCCUCUAGCGCUGGUUCUUGAAACUGUGGUCGCGUUGGUGUACUGGCCGCUGCGGUUAUUCUUUCUGCCCCUAAUCAUGCACAACGUCAGAGACGGCUCCAGGGUCCCACUGCCCUUGUCUGUGGACUGUGCCAUCCAUCUUCUGCCUGUGCUAUAUCUGGCAAUGGACUAUCUGGUGCUUGAGCCAGCGCCUUUCCAGAUGUCCAAAAAAACGGCGUGGCUAGUGGUGACGCUACUGGGAAUCGGGUACAACCAGUAUCUCACAGUUUUGGUCGACCGAGACGCCGGUGCGGUUUACCCGUAUCCUUUUCUAGAAGUCCAAGAACCUUACAAGACUGUGAUAUUCGGAGCUGUCACCAGCAUCGCCUGGAUCUGGUUUGUUAUCUACAAAAGGCUACACACGAAAUUGAGACGGCAGCAAAGACCGGCCAAAGCCUGA